UAUUCGUUCAUGACAAGUCCGAUUAAAAUGUUUUUUUUCUAUGUUCAUCUGGAUGUUCAUACGCAUGUGCAUGCAAAAUUUGACGAGAAUUGGUUGAGUGAUGCAAAAGAAAAAUGCGGACAAAGAAGUUGCAAAGUCUAGUAUAAGAGCUUCGCUCGCCCAAUGAGAAUCGAAUUCAUUAGUAUGCACAAGAGAAUCAUUUAAUUUGCGCAUGUGAUUCUAGAUGGCCAGAUAUUCCGUAACCAAGGGUAACGCGCAUGUGUCUUUACGAUGAUGGUAUAUCGAAGUGUACAUAAACAACGGAGUCGAAAGUUAGCCAUGGAGGACCAGUAUAAGUGGCGGGGGAAUUUUCUAAACUUGUUCAAGUCCCGAGAAGAGCUAUUUUUUUAUGUUUUCAAGUCUACGUUUUGAAACAUAUGUAUAUGUUAGCAUUUGUCCUAUUUUGUAAUUUGAUUAUAGUAUUUCUACUGAUUCUAGAUUCUUAAUAAGUUUUGUUACAACCUGGCUGCAACUUCUGUUACAAAUUUGUGUACAUAUUUAGUUUGUAUUAAUAAUGGCUUCACGUAAAAGUUUGGUGUGGAUGUACAGUAUUCCAUCAGAGGAUGGAAAAUUUGUUAAGUGCAUUCUAUGUGACAGUAUGUUAUCCUAUAAUAGAUCAACGUCAGCUAUUAUGAAGCAUCUGCGAGGUAAACAUCGGGAUACAUUUUCAAAUGCAGCUAUUGAAGUUUUCGAUUUUGAUGCUAAUGAAUCAGCAACAGAACAAUCUCAGGGAAGUAAUGAAGCCUGUCCUCGCAAAAAACUGCAGAAAAUGAACACAUGCACUCCAAAACGACAAGAAGAAAUAUCACAAGCACUUACUCGUAUGAUUUCGUUAAAUAUGAUGCCUAUUUCUUUCUGUGACAGCAUAGGAUUUCAAGAGUUUAUGGCUGUACUGGAGCCUGGAUAUCGUUGUCCUUGUCAGAAAACUAUUAUAAAACGGUUGCAAUGUUUAUACAAUGAAAAAAGGACUAAAAUAGAAAAAGAGCUCUCUAUGGCAUCCUAUAUAGCUAUUGCCAGCGAUGGAUGGUCUUCACGAUCACAAGAUUCAUAUAUUUCUACAACUGCAAAUUUCAUAGAUGAGAAAUGGGUCCUUAAAAAUUAUAUGCUAUGCACACAAUUGGUAGAAGAUCGUUAUACAGAGGAAAAUUUAUUUAUUAUGUUUAAUAUGAUUAAUGAAGAGUGGCCUAUUAGUGGUAAAGUGAACAGUGUGGUACAUGAUAAAACAAGUAAUAUAGGUGUGACAACAAAACUAUUAGAUGGUGUACGAUAUAAUAUUUCUUGUGCUGCACAUAUUUUACAAUUAUGUGUAAAAGAUGCAUUCAAUUCAGUUGACAGAUACCAGGAAGUAAUACAAAAAGCCAGUCAAAUUGUGCAAUAUUUUCAUCAUUCUAAUGUAGUUACUUCCUAUUUGAUCAAAAAACAAAAACAAUUAAAUUUAAGUGAACAGAAGUUAGUACAAAACUGCCCCACAAAGUGGAGUUCUAGUUAUUAUAUGUGUGAACAGCUUGUGAGCAAUAGAAAUGCAAUUGUCGCUGUUUUAACAGAUAGGACUAUUACUAAUUUAAAAACUGCUUUGAAACUGGAACUAUCCGAUCAUCAUUGGUCAAUUAUGAAUGAUAUUAUUACAGUGUUAAAACCUUUACAAAUAGCAAGUACUACAUUAUGUUCUGAAAAUAGUGUAACGAUUUCUUUAGUGCUUCCUAUUGUUCAUGGCCUUAUUAAUAAUCACUUGAAAAAUAAUGAUUCUGAUAUAACUGAAACUAAACAUUUCAAAAAUAUUUUAAAAGCAUCCCUUGUUAAUAGAUUUAAUUUGGAUUCACGUUUUGAAACUGUACAUCGUAUUGCUUCCUUUCUUGAUCCAAGAAGCAAAGAAUUGUCAUUUGAAAGUAAGGAAGUGAGGAAUGUAAUUAAAAUUUCUGUUCAUGACAUGAUGGAAAAUAUUUUAGUAAGUGAAACUACAGAGAACACCAAUCCAUUUCCAAGUGCACUAGAUUUUCUAUAUCAAGCUGUGAAUCCUAGUAAUGAUGGUAAUUCAGAGUUUGAAAUGUAUUUAGAGGAGACUCAAAUAAAUCAUAAUUUAUGUCCGCUAAUGUGGUGGAAAAUACAUGAAUACAAAUACCCUAGACUGGCAAAACUAGCUAAAAUGUAUUUAGGUAUUCCUGCAAUGUCUGCUUCUUCAGAAUACGUGUUAUCAACCACUGGAAAUAUUAGUUAUAAACGUAAUUGCCUGUUACCAGAAAAUGUUGACUUGUUGGUAUUUUUGUAUAAAAAUAAAGAUAUCUGAAUAAAAUUGUUUCAUAGAUGGAGUUAUUAUUUCGCACGAUAAUA